GGGAUAUUUAAACAAAUUUAGCAAGAAAUAUCUACUCCAUAAGUUUUAUGUUUUUGAAUAUCAAACAAUUCUUAAGCAUCACAAUUUCCAAAUACAGGUUGACGCUAAUAAAGUGGCAUCUGCUUUUAUUAAUGACAAACACAAUAAUUAACAUAUGUAUAUCCCUCAUAUUAAUUUGGGCCGACAUGAUUCCACGAAACCUUGUCACGUACCAACAGACGCACUGGUAAAGGCUCACAAGGCAAUUUAUAUGAAUUUUAACAACACAGAUGAUGAAUACUCCAAAGUGUGCUUGUUAGGUUGGGAAGAGGUCAUAAAUUAUUUCAAAAUAGGGUUGUCGGUCGCUGACACAGGCUUUCCUAUUGUACGUGUGUUGUAUAAACAGUGGGUACGCUUUAAGCAUUGUUUAACACACUAUGAUGCCACUGAGCGUCUUUUGUUUCAUUCUUUGCUCCGUCUAGUUUUGUUAAACUUUUGUUAGUAGGGAUUUAAGUUAUAUUCUGCGCCUACUUGUUAUGUCGUUAAUCGAAAUGUACAAUUUCUUUUUCUUUUUCAUCAUCGCUUAAGUUUACAUGUUCAAUGCUAAAGCUUGUUUGUUUGUAAUUUAAUAUUUUCUCUCGUUUCAUGAUCUCAGUUCAAAAUCAAAACUUUUUUUACAUUUUCAUUGGCUUUUGUUGUAACUGUAGCUUCUAAACAUUAAUUACUAAGGUCAUGACCUUGAAAUUGGGGAAAAUUAUUCAGCGUGUUGAUGUAUUUUUUUCAUAUUGUGAUAUUUUCCCAGCUUCAAGCCGUAGUAACCAUUUAGAGACAUAUCCUUUGAUUAGUAAAAAGAAACGAAACAAUAAAUUAGGUAUAAUUAGUAGCUUAAGUUUAUCUUAAAUUAUAUACAAAAUACGCUCCAUAACAAAACGUUGUGCUAUCUAGGUUACAUUAAAACUUAUUGCAUUUUAUGCGUUAAAUAGAUAAUAUUAUAGCGUUAGAUUUUCGUUUAGUAAGAAAUGAAAAAAUAAAUAAUUGAUAAUUUCGAUAUGGUACCGAUUUUUGUGCCAGGAAGAUAGUACAAGCUGUUUUGCUUGUUUUGCUUGGAUACCAUUCCUCAGAAAUAACAUUGGCUAAGUUAUGGUGACACUACACU